AUGAAGGGUUUCAGACAGAGAGUGCAUGAGCAGUUGUCGCGGGCGAAGGACGCCAACAAGUCCUCGAAGAAGAAAGAUUCGAACUCCUCGUCCCAAAACCAGGCGUCCCUCGGCAUCUCCCAAACACAACAGUCGACUUCCCCCAACCAAGGCACUCCCACCUCGUCUACAACAUCAUUGAAUGAUUCACGAGGCAAGUCCCCAGACAAUGCUUCCCCGGCUGGAACCCCGUCCGGAGGCGCCACCGGUGCACCCGCUCAAAAUUAUGUAUCUCAAGGAGCGGGAAUCGCAGGUCAGCCGGCGAACAAUGGCCCAGGUACUCCGACGAGACAGGGCCAGCAAGUUGCCCCGAGCGUGAUCAUCAGCCCCAGCGCACCGACGAUGCCUGGAGACCUGGCACCUCCCCGCAAGUCUCAUGUUUUCGACCGCCUCCAAACCACUCCCAAGGAUAUGUCGGAAGGAAUCCGGACCCCGAAGCGCCAGCACUCCUCGCGUUUCGACAUAUCCGACCAGCGCCAGAGAGAACUAGAGAAGCUGCCUGGCUUCCACGAAGUGGCUCCCAACCGUCGACAGGAUCUGUUCAUGCAGAAGAUUGACCAGUGCAAUAUCAUCUUCGACUUCAACGAUCCGACGGCCGACAUGAAAUCCAAAGAGAUCAAGAGGCUGGCUCUCCACGAGCUCUUAGAUUACGUUGCCAACAACCGGUCCGUGAUCACGGAGCCCAUGUAUCCUCGUGUGGUGGAGAUGUUUGCGAAGAACCUGUUCCGGCCAAUUCCACCUCCCAUGACUCCGCAGGGCGAAGCCUUCGAUCCUGAGGAAGAUGAACCUGUCCUAGAAGUGGCCUGGCCCCACAUCCAGGUCAGCCAGGAUUUCAACACUAAUAUUGCAAAGGCUUACAUUGAUCAUCAAUUUGUGCUUCAGUUGCUGGACCUGUUUGACUCCGAGGACCCCCGGGAACGUGAUUUCCUCAAGACAACUCUGCACCGUAUUUACGGCAAAUUUCUCAACCUGCGGUCGUACAUUCGGCGGUCGAUCAACAAUGUGUUCUUCCAGUUUAUGUAUGAGACCGAAAGACACAACGGAAUUGCUGAGCUGCUGGAAAUCCUGGGUUCUAUCAUCAAUGGCUUUGCACUGCCUCUUAAGGAGGAGCACAAGCUUUUCUUGACCCGGGUCUUACUUCCCAUGCAUAAGGUGAAGAGCUUGAGCAUGUAUCAUCCUCAACUGGCCUACUGUAUUGUCCAGUUUUUGGAGAAAGAUUCGUCCCUUACCGAGGAUGUUGUUCUCGGAUUGUUGCGCUACUGGCCAAAGACCAACAGCACAAAGGAAGUCAUGUACCUUAAUGAGGUGGAGGACAUUUUUGAAGUGAUGGACCCUGGAGAGUUUGCCAAAGUGCAAGAGCCUCUUUUCCACCAGCUGGCCAAGUCCGUUGCCAGCCCUCACUUCCAGGUUGCCGAACGUGCUCUGUACUUCUGGAACAACGAGUAUUUCUGUAACCUCGUGAGCGACAAUGUUGAGACCAUUCUCCCGAUCAUGUUCGCCCCGCUCUAUGAGAACUCCAAGGGUCAUUGGAACAGGACUAUCCACAGUAUGGUUUACAAUGCCAUGAAGAUGUUCAUGGAGAUUAACCCCCAACUUUUUGACGAAUGCUCGCAUGAAUAUACCGAGCACCAGAACAGCGCCGAGCAGCGGGAGAAGUCUCGUUUGGAUCGUUGGGACUUGAUCGAACAGCAAGCGACCAUGCGGAAGAAUGGUGCACCGCCUCCCCCAGCCCCGGCUCUUGACGUCCCAGAGCCGAUCGAUGAAGUGGAGGCUAUGACGCAUGAGAGUCAGCAGCGAUUGAACACCCUCAAGCUACAAGAGGAAACAGAGACCCCAAGGGAGCGGCCUGCUCGGGAGGGAACCCCCACGUCGACUCGACGCCGUGGCUCUAUUCGAGGUACCCGGAGGCGACGAAGUGGCAGCGGCAGCGAGAUCCGCCCGCGACGACGCUCGGUCGGCAGUGGUACCAGCGCGACCAAUGUACAGAUUCUGCACCGAAGCAAUUCGACCAAAUAA